CCUCCCGCCCUCCUUGUGCCGAAACCAUUCACCGUAAAGAAAGUCACCAGGGGGUGGGGAAAUGGCGACAACUCCCGGAAGCCGCCGGCGGCUCUGAGAGACACCGAGGGAAGGCAGUCCGUGCGGUGGCAGCUCCUAGCCCGUGCCCGCCAAGCCCGACGCCGUCGCUAUGAGCUCCCCGCAGCGCCCGCCGCUCGCCCACGUCUUCAAGGGGACCUUCGUGCAUUCCAGCGCCUCCGCCCCGAUGGAGAUCCUCCACGGACACCUUCUGGGGGUGGACGAUAACGGGACAAUUGUGUUUGUGGAACAAACUGAUCAGCUAGAGCAACUGGCUAAGACGUGGGGGUUCAAAACAUCUGACAUAAGACAACUGAGUAAACAUGAAUUCUUCAUGCCAGGAUUCGUUGAUACACAUAUUCAUGCUCCUCAGUAUUCAUUUACCGGUACAAGAAUAGACCUGCCUCUUUUGCAGUGGUUGACUGCCUACACAUUUCCAACAGAAGCCAAAUACCAGGACAGUGGUUUUGCAGAAGAAGUGUACACCAGAGUUGUUAGACGAACUCUAAAGAAUGGCACGACUACGGCUUGCUACUUUGCAACAAUUCAUACAGAUAGUUCCCUUCUUCUUGCUGAUAUUAUAGAUAAAUUUGGUCAACGAGCAUUUGUUGGGAAAGUCUGCAUGGAUGUGAAUGACAGUGUGCCACAAUACAAAGAGAUUACUGCUGACUCUGUCCAAGAGACAGAAAGGUUUGUUAGAGAACUACUGGAAAAGAAAUAUCCCAGAGUACAGCCUAUAAUAACCCCUCGCUUUGGCCCCUCCUGCACAGAGGACUUGCUGAAUGCCCUUGGGGAUUUAGCACAAGCCCACAAUCUCCACGUGCAGAGUCACAUAAGUGAGACUGAGGAAGAAAUCAAACUUGUGGAGAACAUGUUUCCUGCCUACCAGAAUUACACAGAACUGUAUGAUAAAAACAAGCUGCUAAACAGCAAGACUGUGAUGGCACAUGCCUGUCAUCUUUCUGAAGAAGAGCUGAAACUUUUUAGUCUUCGUGGAGCUGCAAUUUCACAUUGCCCCAAUUCUAACUUUUCGAUGCGCAGUGGUGUCUUAAAUGUGCAAAAGGUUCUUGAACACAAUGUGAAGCUUGGUCUUGGCACAGAUGUUGCAGGUGGAUAUUCAGCUUCUAUGCUUGAUGCUAUAAGGAAAACAAUGGUGGCAUCUAAUAGCCUUCAGAUCAAUAAAGUGAAUGAAACCGGACUAACUGUUGAAGAAGCCUUUCAGCUAGCCACUCUGGGAGGAAGCCAAGCUCUAGGACUGGAUGAUGUGAUUGGAAACUUUCAGGUGGGAAAAGAAUUUGAUGCACUGCUAAUCAACACGAAGGCUUCAGAUAGCCCUUUUGACUUGUUCUCUGCUGAUGAUUUUGAGGACACUCUCCAGAAGUUCCUGUAUCUAGGUGAUGAUCGGAAUAUUUCUGAAGUGUAUGUGGCUGGAAAGCAAGUGGUUCCUUUUUCAAGCUCUGUAUAAAUCCAUUUUCUGUUUGCAAAAUACUCUGCUGAUCAUUCUGCAUCUAAUUUGGAAAAGAUUGAUUAAACACAGUGCCUGAUCAUCAGGAAUGACACCUCACUUUUGGAUAAUGUUAAAAUCUCUUGCAUACAUUGAAAAUUUGUAUACAUUGAAAAUUUUGCUAGACCUUUCAAGAAUUACUAUACUGAAAUUUUCACAGUUGUAGAGGGAAUGGCUAUUUAAAUUUCUUCAUAAAAAUAGCAUUUGUGCAUUGAUAGGGUAUUUGAUAAAUACCUUAUUUAAAGAGGGCACCUGCUGCUCUGUUUAAUAAUAGUAUAGGAAGCAUUAUGUGGAACAAUCAGAUGCUCAUUUUCUAUAGGCAUUUAAAAAAAAACCCCAGUGCUUGUAAAUUGAUUUUCCAGGUAAUGAAUAUCAUGGAAGAAUGCAAUUUCCAUAAUAUUAUUAUCAAGUAUGGAAAAAAUCAGUGUCCUUUUGGAGAAUGUAGUUUUCAGUUUUUCGUAUGAGCUUUAAAAAAAAAAUUUAAAACAUUUUUUAAGACGAGUUAAGUCAGGAGUGUGUGUUUAUAAAUAAAUAAGGGUCUUCACUUAAAAGUGUAGAAUUGUCAUUUGUAGUCAGACAUUCCAUUGAAUUACUUUGAUCUUAGUGAUGGCUGAAUGAAACUUCUGUUAAAUUAGAAGCAGGCACUAAGAUAUCACAAAGGCAAACAAAUUAAGAGGGUUUUCUGGACUAGAGGGAGUGCUUAAUUUAGUUCAGCAUCCUGCAGAAUCUUCCCAAACUCAUUUGCUCCUGACUGUUCAGACAGGAUGAUAUGAAGACAUCCUUUCUCCUUUCUGUAAGGGAAGCGAAUGUAUUUGAAAAUAUCCAAGAGAAAUGGUCUCGUUCUGGCCAUUACCACUUUUGACUCGAGGUGAAAAUCAUCACGAAGAAAGCAGCUAAUCUUUACUGUGCUUUUUAUGUUUUUCAAUGUGGCAUAAUUACAGCCCUGUACAAUUCCAGGAUUCCAGGUAAAAAAAAUAUGCCCUUAUUGUUUUUUAUUUUUUUUGGUAAAUCUAUGUGACUUCCUACUUCCUUUCCUAAAAUGGCUUUUUUUUUUUUUUUUUUAAUGUUUUUGCAACACAAAGAAUGUAAGCUUUAAUUUCAGGGUCAUUAGAGACCAAUAUUAUAUUUAGAUACUGUAAACAUGUGUUGAAUAUCGUUUUAAGGCAUACUUCAAACUUAUUUGACUUCACUAAGCCUUGUUUUGCACUUUUAUCUCACUGCCUGGGGAUAUAGGACUUACCUCUGUUCACAAAACAAGGGAGGUCACUGCACCAAAGUUUCACUUCAUGUCUACUUCAGAGAGAGUGCUUGGCCAAUGCCACUCAUAAUGUUCUGAUUUUAAAAGAAUUUUCAGAGCUUAUGUAUUGUUAUGAUUAUGCCUACAUGAGACAGCAUAGCGUCAAGGGGAAGUGUAACAGUUAAUUUGGGCACUUAAAGCAGUACAGUCUGUUCAAUGUGUUUUUUUUGCCAAAGCUGAGGGGCUGUACCAAACAGCAGGGAAUAACCAGGAGGUGUCUUGCAGACAUCACCUGGAUGCAGCCACUCACUGAAAGCUGGCAGAGGUAUCUUCCCGGUUGCUGCACCGUGCCACUGCAUGCUGAGGUACAGCCUUCCUACCCACUAUGUUCCAAGACUUCUAAGGCUUUAGGAGUCAAGAUCUAAGGAUUAAGAUUUACACAUUCCAUCAGGGUGUUUUCUCAACCAUUGUGUUUUUCAUGUGUCCCAGUCACCUACACAGUAGCACACUUGUUCAGCAAAUAACAGCCUUCAGCUCUUUAACUUGCUUUCCUGAUUCAGGGACAUUUUUUCUCAUGAAUUUUGACAUGAAUUUAAUUGACCAAAUUUCACAUUUCAAAACCAAAGAACUGUGAGACACAUGUUUUAAUCCUCCCAGUUAAUGUUUGAAACUAUUUUUAGGGAAUUACAUGGUUUUCAGCUUUGGCUUUCCUGUGGUGAAGAGAGUUCACACAGCCUUGUGUACAAUGUAUGCUACUGCCCUACUUCUUUGCCUUCAGAGCUAUGAAUUAAAUCAAUGCUUUUAUUUUACUGGUAGUCUUAACUGUCUCUAACUUUAUUGUUUUCCCAUUAUUUUGUGGUGUUUUUAAGAAAAGGGUUCAGCAAUUCUUAAAAUACUUUUGGGAGUGGACAGGUUGCUUAUUUGCAAUAUGAGAACACAUUAAAACUUCAACAAGUUCAGGACUACACUGCUGUCCCAAUUACAAAGGGACUCUCUAGAAUAACUGCUUCCAGUGAGCUUUGUAUCUGAGUUUUUACUGGGUCAUGAGUAGUUUGAUUCUUGUUAAAUUCAGGGACAAGGUAGGAACUUCUCUUUUGAUUAUAGGUUUUCUAUGUCUAGUAUCUAGAAAUUACCCAGACAUAGCAGUGGAAAAUCAUCUUUUUAAGAAUCUCAGCUAGAGGAGGAGCUCUGCCUGCAGGUAGUGCAUAGGCUGCCUGCAGCACUCUGCAAUGCCCAAGACCAGGAGGAGCAAGGCCCAAGAUGGAUAGCAUUACAUUAAAUGCUGAGGUGUUUAGAGGUAAAGGAAAGAAGUCUGAAUUUGAUGUUUGAGGAGGCCAGUGGAGGAGUUCAUAUAAAAAAUAAACUGAGGGUCUUUUAACAGCAACAUUUAAAUAGAUCUGAAUAAAGAAAAAAUGUGCUGCCAGAAAAGCUAAGUGGGGUCAUCUGAGGCAGUCCCAAAAGCUUGUUCAGUGGAAGAUGGCUUAUGCACAAAAAAUUUAAAGGUUUUAGGUCAUACAAAGAAUGUAGUAGUCAGAAUUCUCUGAAGUAAUUUAGAGAAAAUUACUUACUAAGGAUCACUAAGGAUCCCACUCUGAAGUCUUGGUCCUUGAGACUCUGUGCCUGUGUGUAGAUUAACAUGGUGUUUGAUUUGGUGGGGGAGAAUCAGAGAAUCAGUGGAUAAAAGUGGUUACUGCUGAGACUUACACAUGUACACUAUAUGCAUCUCAAGACUACAUAUAUGCUUCCUUGGAUAGAUGUCCCUACUGCAUAUGCACUUUGAAGCAGGCCAAGUAAUGGGUUCAGAUUCUUAGUGUCUCUUUUAGAGACUGGAGUAUAUUUGGAAGGCAGCUGAGCCUCCAGUGCAGUUUUCUCCAAAAUAAGCUUAAUUCUUAUUACACCAAAACCACCCUGCAAACUGAACCAAGGUUCAACAAGGGACAAUGGUUGGGGAUUUAGAAGAACACUAUUGUCUCAAACCAAAAUGCUAAUAGAAGCUAGAACUUGAUCUAUUCCUCAUCUGUUCUCCUGCCAUCACAUAACUUAGUAGCUGAAUACAAAUUGAAGGAAACCUCUUCUACCCUCCUCCCUUUUCCCCAGCACUACCUGCCCAAAAAAACCAAACAACCAAAAAUACCCCAACCUUAAAAUGAAACAACUGGACAUUAAGGGGAUAUGAGUAUGUGGAAGAAAAGAGAGGAAUAAUUUUCAGUCAGUAUAAAUUGAAAAACAUGACACUAUAAAUUGGUUUAUUAAACAUAAAAUCUCUGGAAAAAUGUACAUUUUUCAGAUUCCAGAUGUCUCUCCCCACAAGUUUUCUUACUAGAUGGUGUAUGAGAUCUUUCUUUCUUAAUAUGUCUUUAUGUUCAAUGGUAGCACGCCAUUCAGACAAAGGGAAAAAAAAGGGUACUUGUGUAGAGCUUGCUUGUUGGAACAAUAUGCUUACUGUGUUCUAUGGUCAGAUGAGCACUUAUUUGUUAUAAAUAGAAUGCAUUUGAAUUACUGUUACAUGUUUAUCUCAUUGUGUCACUUUAGGUUUUGAAAUACUAGUAAGAAUUGCCUAUGCAUUAUGCAGCAUUAUUUGAAUUAUUCAUGUGUGGCAAGUGGAGUUCUGCACUUUAAAAUGUUGCCUUGGCCUAAUAUUUAUAUUUAUGCUGUAUUUUUGUGUAAUCCUAAGGUUUUGUAGGGGAAAAAGAGUGUAUUUUUUCACUGUACUGAAAUUUUCAGUAAGUUGGCUUUCUUUUAGAAAAGGGAACUUUAAAAUUACCCUGUCUAAAAUUCUGAGCCUGAUCAUGCACUCAUGAACGGAAAAAAAUACAACGGUUUUAUGAACUUGCAUGCUAACAUUUAAUGUAAAAAGAAGUGCAGAUAAAUAGAUUUUUUUUCAAAUAUAAUUAUGAUAAUGCAAGUUAGUAAGAGGAAUUACUGUUGAAUAUCUUCAGUUAAAUUGAGCAAAAAAGAACAUAGUAAUUCUUGAUUAUUAAUUUAAAAAGAAUACUUAAGCCCAAGUUCUUUCAAAGAAUAUCUCGGUUUUAAAAGGAAAAGAUAUUAAGGUCAUUACUCAGACAAGCUGUUUAAAAAUACUGCUUUAAGCAUUUCCAGGAACAAUCCAUAACAGAUGAUAAGGUAGACAUAUUUUAAAGUUCUGUAUUUUCAUUAAUAAACUAUGCUGCUUUAUUUGCAGCCUGGUAUGUGUUAGGAGUCAACUCACCUGUAAAAUGAUAGUGUAGAGUCACAGAAUAAGCUCCUGGCCUACAUGGCACCACCCCAAGGAGAGCUAAAAAAUUAAUUUCAGAAGACAUUUGAAAAUACUGGAGCAGAAUACAAAAUUCUGCAAAGUAGAAAGGAGAUCGAUCUGAGGAACUCAUAAAAAGAAGAUGACAGGCCAGUGAAAUUUUAGGUGUGAAAUGCUCUGAAAAAAAUAUACAUUCCGAGGUAAUGUUCCAUUAGAUCAUGGAUGUCAUUCCUUCUAAAAGUCAUGGAGGUCCAAAACCUGACUAAGUUCCCAAAGCCGUUGCUUACAUGCUUAAUAGUAGAAGCCCAAAUACCUGCUUAUGGAAUAAUUAUGUAACUCUUCACAACUUCUAGAGCUCGGCUCCAAGUUUAAAUCAAAAUUACCUGUAAUGGUUCCAGAGGAAACAAUGUAAGGGCAUAUUAUGUUUUAUCUACACCUGCCCUGUGAAACAUUUAGCACUGGCCAGAACAGAGGCUGAAUUAGUCUGGUCCCAGUGAAGAAUUUUUGUUCAUGCAUGCUCCAGACAUCAUUCCCUUUCAUGUGCAUGGUGAUGCAGUAAUAACUGAGUUCAGACAGUCUGGUGUGACUGAAGUGACUGAAUACAAACUGUUUUAAAUAUCACAUUGUUUAGAAAUUAAGCUCAUUGCUGAGACCAAUAAAUACAUAUUAAAUCACACAAUCAUAUAUCUAGUACUGAACUUCUAGAUGCUAGGACUUUGGCUUAAAUCUGUGGGGGUUUUAAGCACUGUAUGUGCAACAACUGACGUUUUUCUCAACAGAGAAACCAGCAAAUGACAUCUUCUAGGUAUGAAAAAGAGUAACAAAAGCAACAAACACCAUUCUUGGGAAGCCAAAAGGACAUUCCUGGGAAGCCAAAAGCACCAUUAACAACAAUCUGUUGUUUGAAGUUAAUAGAAUUGUUAGUUUAUGUGGAAAGCCUGAGCAAUGUUUUUGGGAGGCAGUUUCCUGGAAACUUCAGUGGAAAUUCUUUCUUAGAAAAUACCCAGAAUCAGUGUGCUCCAACCAAAAGGUCCUUUGCGGCUUCUGCAGAGGCAGUCACUUCUGCAGACGUGAAUGCAUUAGUCAUGCCUAGAUCCUCACUUCUUUGCUCUGUCAUGACUCGUAAGCAUGUAUUAGCUUUAAUUCCGGUAUUGGUUUGUGGUUUCUCAUAGACUGAGUCUUAGUUUGAAAAUAACUAUGGUAAAGAGUGGAGCUGGGAGAAGGAUAAGGAUAAAGGGCAAUCUUACACCAGUCUGCCUAAUGCUUCAACACAAAAUAUUUGCCCCACCAGGUAGAUGUUGUAAUGUUUCAGCAGCUCUUAGACUCAAUGAAUUGGCUUAAUGACUUGAGUCAACUAAUAACAAUUGAACUCAGUCAAGGCUAGGAUAUAAUGUGUGAGCAGCUCACAAACACAUAAGGAUGUUUUACUGUGAUCUGCAUUUAUGCCAUCAGCAGCUUUCCUUGGCCAAGGGCUGCUAGGCAUAUUUAGGAACAACACACUGGAGAUAAGCCUGCAGGAGAAGGGGCAAGUUUUGGUGACAGCUGAAGGCUGUAAACUGCAUCCUGUCUGGCCUUGUGGCUUUGGAGCUGGGUCGUGUACUCCUCUAACAACUUUUAGUGAUUAAGCUUUUAGAAAGCAUUAGUAUGUGAUUCUUAUCUGAGGAUGUUUACAUCCCUUGCUUCAAGACAAAUUUUCUUUCCCCAAAGGAGAGUUCACAUCUUGCUGGAGUAAGUUUUUCUGAUGCUGAUUUGUCUGCUUGUCACCUGUUGUGCAUAAGCUCUGGUUCAUGUGAAAAUGCCUAACUGGAGUUAAUGUUGUUGAAUUUAUCCUUCCUUUUGUACUUGUGCAGUUUCAAGGAAGAACUCUGUAUUAGGAGAAAUGGUAUAUGUGAUUUUCACUGUUCUGCUUGGUUUUGAUCAUGCUAAAUAGGAAGUCAUGUACUGUUGAAACAAAAUAAAGAGGCCUUGUAUUUACACCAA